AUGUCGCCACCUUCGACAUCUUCCUCGACCGCUUUUAACUGUAAGUUGUUAUUCGAAUAAAAAUAACUUUGAAUUUUUUUCCGCAGAUGAGAAUGCGAACCACUCAAAUAGAAACUUCCCUCUGACAAGUGAGGUUUUCAAAAAAAUAUCAAUGACAACUGCAAAUUUUUUCAGUCGAUGUCGAGAAUCCAGCGAGAAGUUCUUGGCCUGAAGUUGAUGUUCAUGAUCAACCAACGCAAGCUGUCCGUAGAGGUAACGGCUUUUUUGAUUUAUAUUAUUCUUUUUAAAUUGGUGUAAUUUAGAAAUGAACGGUAUUGUUGCAGUUCAUUUUACGAUAAAUAUUGAAAAUUAGACAGAACCAGAAAGUACUUUUUAACUGGAAAUAGGAUCUGACUCUGACGCCUAUGCGUAGAAAAUUAAAAUCCUUUUGAAAUCCCAGCUUGAGAAUGGCCUAGAAAUAAACCCAGCUCUCCUUUCUAACUGGCCAAGACUUUGAUAGAACCUUGCUCAAAGAUUUUCCCGGGUCUUGGAAUGAAGAUCAAAGGCCAAGCUACAUUUGAAUAUUUGACGUCUCAAAGUUCGGCAUAGGGCAGUCUUGGUAGUUUAAUGCGAACUUUGACGCUAGAAGAAAAGCCUUUCCUUCUAUUUUGAUCGAACUAUCAUCAGGUGGUCCUAAAAUACCUCUCGGCUGAGUUUUUUCAACUUUCAACCAUCCACUUACCUAAACCGACCGCUCGGGAGAUAGGAAUGCCUAAUCAUUAAAAAAAAAAGUUUUCUAAAGAAUAUUUUUCAAGCUCAACAAAUCGCACUCGACAUGAUACGGCAACGUAUAAAGUCGGAAAGUGAAGAGCUUCAUCGAAUUCGCGACGACCAAAAAGUGUUAGCUGACGUCAUUGCCGAGAACUAUUCGGCGCAGUUAUCAACGGUACUUUCGUUUCGGAUAUUUUUUUCCGGGAUAACUUUUUUUAAUUAAAAAAAUAAUUUUAACUUUAAGGCGUCUGUCUUCCUAAAAUAAGAUCUUAUGAAGGUUAAGAUUCCAGGAUAUUUGAGCAAGGCAUCAAGUAGAUUCUUUUGCUUUUCAGAAUGUUACUAAACAGAAGUUGAAUGAAAUUCUUUGUAAGGGACUGUCUAAGCACUGUAUGCUAAUAAUCUCUGCGAGGUCUUCGAAUUUUCAUAUUUCAGGAUGUCGAGCAGACUCAGAAAAAAAUCAAAGAGUUGGACCGCGCCUUACAGGAAUUGCGGCUCAAAUAUCCGACACUAGUACCACCUCCUCGUGAGUUUCUACUUUAUACUGUUAUUAUGGCCAAAAAACGAAGCAUUCUGGCCCAUUUUAUGUAUUCUGGGAGACCUUCAAUCUUAGGAAAUGAGGGAAAUCUUUUAUUAAAGUUUUAACAAAGCUUUCAGUAUGAACUUUCGACGAUAUCAUAACAGAGUUUGUUGAUUCAAAUCCUUUUUUACUUUUUCAAACCGAAGUAUUGUUUUUUUCUUUUCUAAAGUUUUAUAGCAGAAUUUUUGAAUGAGAACAUUACAGAACUCUUAAAAUUUGGCGGACACUUCUUUUAUUAAUUUUCGAGUCCCGGCAGUCAAAAAAACUCAAUCCGGGGAUAUAAUCGGGAUUGCAGGGCCUCCGCGUCGACCGUCAUACAUGGAAGGCAACGAGACGUGGCAAUGCGUCCGUUGCGCAGCCGAAACGGCAGGGCACUCAUACCGCUGCGUGAGAUGUCAGCUUCCGCGAUCCAACAUAGAUCCUCGAGAGGCGCAACGUUGUGGCUGCGUCACUUGCUCCAGCUCAUUAGGUAAUUUUGAAUAAUUUUUGUGGAACUUUACCUUUUUGCAAUUCUAACGCGAGACUAUCAAGCUCACAGCUCAAAUUAUUGACGGCAAUCAGAUUUUUCUGUACCCUUAUAAAAGAUUGAAAACCCCUGAUAAUUGAUAAAGUUCUUAUAAAUGAGAAGUACUACUUUAUGACAAGUAAAAACUGAAAUCAGUGUAAAUAUGUAUGCUAAGGUCUGAUCGAAAAUUAAGUGCCGCUAGGUAAGGGUCUGUGGUGAACUUCGUAGAUCUGGUCCAAACUUUUGUGGUAGGUACUCCUCGAGGAGAUCUGCUUAGAAAUGGUCAACUGAUUUUUUGAGAAAGAAACAUUUUCUCGUGUUGCUUAUGAUAGGAGUGUUCAAAGAAACUUACGCAGCUUUAAAGCAUUUAAUUUACAUUUUUGACCGUAUCUUGUCCGGCACCUUACGCUGAGCAGACAGUUUUUUUUGUUUUUGAGUAAUUCCCUCUAGGACCACCAACCGCAGGAAUUCUGACCAGAUCUGCGAUUUUUACUACAUCCUAGCCAGUUUCUUUCGUUUUCAAACACAGAGCAUUUGUUCUUAAUGAUUCUCAAAAAAAAAUUCGGUUUUGCGAAUGCUCGAAUUUUUUUUUUCGUCCGGAGGGUGUUUCUUAUUCACCAUCAAUUUCGAAAAUAACUUUGUAAACAGUGAAAUUUUUCAGGGGAGAAACUCUUUGUCUCCAUGUCACCUGGUGAUGAUGGGUGGACGCUGAUCGACAAGCUGGGUUGGCCCAUCAACAGUACUUCAUCCUAA